UGCAGGGGGGAACCUGGGAACGCAAGAGCCAGGGAGACAAAACUUGCGAGGUAGGCUAGGGCAGCGUCAGCCCCGCCUCCUGAGGCUGGAGCUACCCCCUUCCUAUCCCCCACCCUUUCCCCAAGCUUCUAAUGUCUUGCCACCUGGUUCUCUUUAAACUUUGGAUCCCUGUCCUGCUGCGUUUGGAGGUGCCCUCAAAGCCAAGAGAGAGCCCCGGGGGCUAGCACACAGGAGUGCAAACAAUUUAUCCCAAGCCAGGUAAUCCGAACUACUUUAUCCUGUCCCGCUUCCUACUUGGCAGCUCCUAGGGAGCGGAGGAGGACGGGGACCAAGUACUAGACGAGAACGAACGUGCGUUGUUGAACAGCUGUCAGAGAAGUCCAGAGGAGGAGCAGGGAGUGGCGGGGGUAAGAUGACAUCAUCCCGAUUCUUCAAGGAAGUUGGCUCAGGGACAUGGUCAGGUGAUAUGAUUGCUUGACAAAGGGGUGUAGCCUUUACAUGGAUUGUUAUUCUUCAUAAAUUCUAUUGUCUGGGAAAUCCAUUACACAUAAUCUAUCUCAACUGGAUCUCUCCCCAAGGAGAGCAAGAAGCUAAAAGAAAACCAGAGGAGUAAAUGUCCUGAGUGUUGAGAGAAAGAAACUCCAAGUAUAAGGAAUUGAGCUUGUCCUUAAAGCAGGUUAACUUUAGGGCUAAAAGCAAUACUCAAGAUCUGCUCUACAAUUUGGGGAGAAGCAGUGCAUUGGGGAUAGAGUGUAUGCCUUACUGUUGGAAUAGGAUUGAGGUAACCAUGGAGAGGCUUUUGGACUAAUACAAGAUGCAGUCUUUGUUUUAGUAUAGACACCGAGUCAAUUCUGCAGCAGCUGCCUGCAAGUCCACUAUAGGUCCAGGGGCAGAGCUGGAUUGUGGAUGGUGAACUGAUAAGAUGGCUGUUCCUGAAAAGAGAGCGGUUCGAGAAUCCAGGAAGGCCAGACUUUCACUUAAGGGGAAUGAGGCCAAUCCCAAGUUCCCAAAAGAUGCACAGUGGAGUGAGACAAGAGGACAGGACCCAGGCCAGCUGGACAUGUUGAAGAAAGCUCAGGAGUUCUUCCAGACCUGUGACACAGAGGGCAAAGGCUUCAUCACCAAGAAGGACAUGCAGCGGCUUCACAAUGAGUUGCCUCUCAGCUUGGAGGAUCUGGAGGAUGUGUUUGAUACCCUGGAUGCUGAUGGCAAUGGCUUCCUGACUCCAGAGGAGUUCAACAAUGGAUUCAGUACUGUGCUAAGCCCUGAAGAUGCAAAGAAAGGUCAUUUCUUCUUUAGCCAAAAUAACUAUAAAUCUGAUGAACAGGGGGCCCAGCCCCAGGAGGAGAAAAUCUAUCAAUCCAGGUGUGAAGAGGUGAUUGACAACAGGAAUGAACACGAGGAAGACCAAUUCCACAUACUGAUGGAUAAACUCGGAGCGCAGAAAAUUUUAGAAGAUGAAAGUGAUGUUAAGCAACUUUGGGAGCAGCUAAAAAAGCAUGAGCCUCACUUGCUGUCCAACUUUGAAGAGUUUCUCUCCAGAAUAUUCUGCCAGCUACAGGAGGCCCACAAGGAGAAGGAUGAACUGGAAUGUGCCCUGAAAAAGAAAAUUGCCACAUAUGAUGAAGAAGUUCAGCAUCUCUAUGAGGAAAUGGAGCAGCAGAUAAAAAAUGAGAAGGAACAGUUUCUCUUAAAGGAUGUGAAGAGAUUUCAGUGCCAGAGUCAGGAGCUGGAGCAAAAGCUGGUGUCAAAGGAACAGGAGCUGGAGCAGCUUGUCCAGAAGCAGAAACGGCUGGAAGGUCAGUUCAUGGCCCUCAACAAUGACAAGCAUGAAACCAAAGCAGAGAACACUAAACUUAAACUCACCAACCAGGAAUUGGCCGAGGAAUUAGAGAGGACCUCGAGUGAGCUCCAGUAUGCUCAGCUGCAGCUGGAGAGUCUGCAGAAAGAGUCCUGCAAGCUGCAAGAGGAGAAGGAGAUGGAAGUAUACCGGGUGACAGAAAAUCUGCAGAGGGAAAAGACAGGACUUUUGAAACAGCUGGAUUUCUUAAGGGAAAAGAACAAGCACCUACGGGAUGAACGGGACAUGUGUUUGCAGAAAGAUGAAGCAGCAAGCACAUCAAAAGCAAGCUGGAAGCAAAGAUCUGGCUCUGUCAUAGGAAAAUAUGUGGAUGGAAAAGGUAUCCCUAGAUGCUAUUCAAUUGAGGAGGAAGAUGUCUUCAGUAUACCAAGAAGGAGAAGCUCCGUUAGCCUGAAUGGGAUCACAGAUGGGGAUCCUGGGGCCAGUGGGCCGGGUCUUCGGGCUCUCAGAAGGAUUAUCUCCAUUGAGGAAGAUCCCCUGCCUCAGCUUCUGGAUAGGCAAUCUGAGGGACAGCUGAGUAGAUGUCUGGAAGAGGAGGAGAGCGCUGGGCGGCAUAAAGAGGAGAAUCAACAAACACCACCCUUGGAACCCAUAUCUCCUCGAGGGCAGCCAGUAGGAAAAGAAACAGGGAUCCUUGAGAAGAGCUCUUCCAACUCCCCAGAUCGACUUUUCAAGAUUGUAUUUGUGGGCAAUUCUAGCGUGGGGAAGACAUCGUUUCUGAAGAGGUUUUGUGACGACCGAUUUUCCCCGGGCACAGCAGCUACUGUUGGGCUAGAUUACCAAGUAAAGACAUUGAAAGUGGACAAAUCCCAGGUGGCCUUGCAGUUGUGGGACACAGCUGGGCAGGAGAGGUAUCGCUGCAUCACCCAGCAGUUCUUCCGCAAGGCAGAUGGUGUCAUCGUGAUGUACGACAUCACAGCCAAGCAGACGUUCAUGUCCAUCCGCCAGUGGCUGACAAGUGUUGAGGAAGCUGCGGGAGAGAACAUUCCCAUCCUCCUUCUGGGCAAUAAGGUUGACAAUGAAAAAGAGAGAGAAGUCCCCCAGGGACAUGGAGAACGUCUUGCUAAGGAGAAUGAUUUGAUUUUCUAUGAAUGCAGUGCGUAUUCGGACUAUAACGUCAAAGAAUCAAUGCUUCGCUUCGCCAGGAUCCUCAAGGAACAAGAAGAUACUGUGAGAGAGAAUAUCAUCCAGGUUCACCAUCAACCCAAGAAGUCCUGCUGUGGCCAGCAGUAGAGUACACAAACUGUGCUUUGAGAUCAUGACAGGUCCCACAUUAGAUCCGGAGUACAGGUUCUUUGUUGAAGCCACCUGCCAACAUAUGGCCAGAGUUUGAUUCAUUUUGAUGACUCAUUCCUCCUUUUUGGGACAGCCUGAUCUCGUGGAAGCCACUAUUAGACACUAGGGGUCCAUUUCCCCCUCUCCUCUCCCUCAAGCCCAGAUGUCCAUUUAAAGCCAGGUUUCCUGUGGUGAAGAAGGGGGUGUGGAUGAAGAGUGGAGGAAUAGGCUUGACAAAGGUCACUAUGUGCCUUUCUCCAUCUCCCCUCUUCUUCCCUAGCCCAGGACAUCCUCAGCAUCAUAAUGGCCCUGGCAUUUUUUUAUAGGAGAGAUUUGCUGCUUAUUGGAUAGCAACCUGAGUCCUCCUCAGGGACUAUAUCAAGGCACAUUUUCUGGUAACUAAACUGUCUCUGUAAGCAUUUCCUGAGACUUGAUCUUAUUUAGCUGUGUUUAAAUUACUUCAACUCAAUAAAGAUUUCUCAUGAAAAUACCAAGA